UGUCAGUCAAUAUCAGUCACUGUUGGUUUACUGCUUUACUGUGAACGUGAAGAUAUCUAGUUUUCUCUUGUGGUUUUCGUUAAUAACGUAAUAAUUCCGGCAAUUUUUAGUUUGGUUUCUAUUUUAUAAUCGUCCUUCGAUUAUUACGAAUAUAUCAAAUGCACUAUACCUAUUAACCAGGGUUAAUCACAAGUGCUAUCAAGGUGCUGAGAAUCAGGAAACUAUUAAAUUAGUCAUCAAAAUGCCCGCUUAUCACUCUACUUUGACAGACUACACCCAGUCGGUCGGCAAUCUAGCACUCCUUCCGAUACGGACUACAUGCAGAGGCCCCGCGCCCACAAAUCCUAAAAUGGAAUUAGAUGUUAUCGAUGAGGCUCUUAAUUACUUCAAAGCUAACGUUUUCUUUAGAUUUUAUGAAAUUAAGUCUGAUGCUGACCGAGUGCUCAUUUACCUGACUUUGUAUAUUUCCGAGUGUCUGAAAAAGCUACAGAAAUUCUCCAAUAAGAACCAGGGUCAACAGGAGAUGUACAUGCUUGCUAUCUCUAAGUUUGACAUCCCAGGGGAAGCAGGGUUCCCAUUGAACUCUGUUUAUGCUAAACCUACUUCUCCACAAGAAGCUGAUUUGAUGAGACAGUACCUACAGCAGUUGAGGCAUGAAACAGGCAACAGAGUCUGUGAGAAGGUGUUUGCAACAGAAGACGGCAAACCAAGCAAAUGGUGGUUGUGCUUUGCCAAAAGGAAAUUCAUGGACAAGUCAUUGUCAGGGCCCGGCCAAUAAAACUAGCCAUUUUGUAUAAAAAAACUUUAUUUUCACAAAUUAAAGUAUUUCUUAUGUGCAUUUAUUGUAUAAGUUUUAAUGACAAUAUUUAAAAAUGAGUAAUCCUUUACAGUAAAAAUAUUGAGUGGUAUAUUCUUUUUAUGUAAUAUAAAUACUUUUCUUAUAUAUAAACACAACUAAUGCUGCUGAUGAAAUGUUAUCAAAGUUUUUAUUUUAUCCAGGACUUGAUUUGUAUAAUUGAAUAUAAAAAUCUUUCUCAAA